CCAAUUAAAUUAGUUAAAUUUAAUAACAAAUAAAAUAUCGAGGGUUCCAUUGUUAAUAUAUAUAAUUAAAAGGACUUUAUUGCAAUACCACUCUUCUUCUCUAGUAGCAACACGGACAAGUUUUUCCCCCAAACUGAUUCGAACCCUAAACCUAAUCCUCCAACCUCAAAAUCUCAAUUCCCCGCCAAAGUAAAAGAAAAAAAAAAAAAGAAAAAAAAGCCCGAUCAACCGCCACCACCUUGCGGCUGUAUGCGCAUAUUCGCCGCCGAAUGGACGCCGUAGUCCACUCAGCCCUCGAAGAAAUAUGCUGCGAAGCGGCGAAAGGACUCCACCUCCGCGACCUCUGGCCGAAACUCAGCCCAUAUCUAGCUUCCAAGGGGCUGCCCCUCUGCCCGAACGUGAAGCGGGCAGUAUGGGAGAAUCUAGCCGAGAUUCCGGGGCUCAAACUCGAGGCCUACGGCGGAGUAUCUUCGUCCAACUCUACGGUGGAUUUGAUCAAGUGCACAGUUGAAGAGUGCGAAAAGAUGAAUGUCAAAAUCGUGGCUCCCGAAGGGAUGAGGAAGAGUUUCCUCGGAAUUUACGAAAUGGAGGCGUCGGAAUCCGGUUUGUCCGAUACUCAACGUAUCAUUCUCGAACGCCUCGCGGCUGCUCGGAAAAAUGGAAUUGCACAAAGCGAGCUUGCUAAGGAAUUACGCAUUGCAGCAAAUAAUUUAUUCUACCAGCUGAAGAAACUUGAAAUCCAAGGAAUGAUUGUGAGGCAGCCGACUGUUAUUCGGACGAAACAGGCCUCACACAACGGCGAGCCGAAAAAUGAUUCCAUUGUGUCCACCAAUAUGCUGUUUUUAUGCCGUUACGCAGAGCAUUUUGGCUGCCAACAGAGACUUGAAAUCACUAAGGAAGAUAAACUCUCGAUGGAUAGGGAGGUUGCAGAUGCUCGUACUGAAACUGGUGAUGAUUAUGGUAACGAAAUCGCAAAAGAUGAUGUACUUGUCAAAGAUUUUCUACCUCAACUUAAAGCCAUAUGCGAUAAACUUGAAAAGGUUCAUGGCAAGGUUCUGGUUGUCUCAGAUAUAAAACGAGAUCUGGGUUAUCGAGGAACUUCUGGCCACAGACUUUGGAGAAAUGUAUUUCACAGGUUGAAAGAAGCUCGAGUGGUAGAAGAGUGUUUUACAAUGAUAAAAAAAAAGGAGGUCAAUUGUAUACGUCUACUUCAAAGUUUUUCACCAUCACUUUUUGAGCCAAAACUUAAUGGACACGGGCAUGAUGAUAUAGAGACGGAACAGUCAACAAAUUUGUUGAAGAGAGGACAAAUUACAGAACAACUUGUAGAGAUUCCUGUUUUGCGUCAGGUCUAUGACAUGAUUGAUGCUGCAGGAUCAAAAGGGUUGACCAAUACAGAAGUCUGUAGAAGGCUUGGACUAUGCAGUAAGGAGUACCACAAGCGAUACUUUAAACAAAUGAUCUCUAGGUUUGGAUUGCAUUUGCAAUUGGAAAGCCAUCACAGAGGUGAGGUCUACCGAGUCUGGACAGCUCGUAACUACAAUCCUGAAUCAUCCAAUAUGGGGCCCGUUGAAAGAGAAACAGUUAUGCAGGAAGUCGAUGAAAAAGAAAGAGAAACAGUUGUGCAGGAAGUCAAUGGAAAAGAAAGAAACACAGUUAUGCAGGAAGUCAAUGAAUCUAAUUCACUUGUUCCUAACUUCCACGAGAACUUGUCUCAGCCUCUGCAGGUGCUAGAUACUUCUAUUCCUGUGGGGAAGCAAGAUAACUUAUCUCAGCCUCUACAGUCGCUAGAUACUUCCAUUACUGUGGGGAAUAUAAGCGGGAUCAACCAUAGUGAAAAUGAUGCAGCAGUCAUAACAGAAGGUUCCAAUGGUAAGACUAUGCAUGAUGAGAGCUCUAGUACUGUACUUUUACAAUGCAAUCCGAAGAGUUCUGAUGUGGAAGUAUGCAACGAAGCCCCUGAUUCAGCAGUAUUGCAGGACAGUAAAUUAGUAACGAACUGUAAUAUGCUAGUACCACGUUCUUCUGAUGCUGUACCACCUACCAGACGUCGAUCGUAUUUGAGGUAUCCCCGUCUUACUGUAGGUGCCAUCAGCUCACAGAGGGAGCAGCAUAUACUCAAAAUGUUGCAGGAGGAGAAGUUCCUCAUAAAGCCUGAGCUCCACAGACGUCUUGAGAGUCUUGAGAAGGAAAGAAACACAAUGAUGGACCGGAAGACCUUGGAACGUAGUCUGAACAAACUUCAGCAAGAUGGGCAUUGUAAAUGCAUCCAUGUGAGUGUCCCAAUCGUGACAAACUGUGGCCGCAAUAGGACAACAGAAGUGGUUCUCCACCCAUCUGUUUAUAGUGUACCACCUGAACUAUUGACGCAAAUUCACGAUAAGAUGAGGUCUUUUGAAAUUCAAGUGCGGAAGCAAUCUUAUACUCGGCAAAAGAAGGUCGAAUCAGCUCAGAUAUUGGAGAACGUGCAGAGAAUUCCAAGUAGAGCAAAGUUGGAUGUCCAAUUAGAGAGUGAUGAAUCACUGCGCGCUAAUGGGGUUGUACUUGCAAAAAUGGUUCGAGCAAAGCUUCUUCACACCUUUCUUUGGGGUUGGAUCUGCAAUUCUCCUGGUUGGGAUGAUGCAUUAUCCUCUGGGAACCAUUCUUAUGACGUGAAAAAUCUACACAGCAGUUGUAAGUUGUUUGAGUUAGAUUUGGCCAUUAGGUCCAUGCCGCUUGAUUUGUUUUUACAAGUAGUAGGUUCUCCUCAAAAGACCGAGGAUGUGGUCGAGAAACGUAGAACUGGUUUGCUUCUUUGUGAUCUUUCUCUGGAGGAAUACAAAGCCGUUACAGACACUCGAGCAACUGGACGCUUAUCAUGUCUAAUUGAUAUAUUACGCCGUUUGAAGUUGAUUCGACUAGUGAGGGAGGGCCAUGCCGAAGAUGGAGCCAGCAGUGCACAUGCUAUUCUUACAAAUGCAUUGGAACUUAAACCUUACAUCGAGGAACCAGUCUCAACUGUUGCACCAUCUGGUUCCGUUUUUUCUCAUCUGCGCCCUCAAGUGAGGCAUGACUUUGUUCUUUCGAGCAGAAAAGGUGUUGAUGAAUACUGGAAUACGUUGGAGUAUUGUUAUGCUGCAGCUAAACCAAGAGCUGCUUUGUUAGCAUUUCCUGGAUCUGUAGCCCAUGAGGUAUUUCAUUCCCGAUCUUGGUCAUCUGCCUCAGUUAUGACAGCUGAACAUCGAACGGAACUUCUAAAGCGGGUCACAGAAGAUGACCGGAAGAAAAGGCUAUCACUCAGUGAGUGUGUUAAGAUUGCUGAGGAUCUUAAUUUGACCCUGGAGCAGGUUCUUCGUGUCUAUUAUGACAGGCAGCGGCGAAUGACUAGAUUUAAGAGAGUUUUGGAUGCCGAAGGUAAGGAGCUUCAGACAGUCAAAGGCAAACACAUUGCAUCUUCACGUAAAAGAAAACGAAAUCCAGAUAGAAUGUCGUCAAAGCUUGUAAAAGCUAGUGUUGCAGAUUCUGAUAACCAAUUUUCUGUGGAGCAACAUUCUUGGUUAACUGCUUCUGAAGAUUAUGAUUACCAGUUGCAGAGAUAUUAUCUUGGUUACGACAAGGGCGCAGAGUUGCUAAAAGAAGAUGAUGAAGUCCAUCAUAAGCAAGCCUUAUCAAGGUUGAAAUCGGCACGUCAGAAAAAGUUUUUGUGGACAGAAGAGGCUGAUAGACAAUUGGUGAUUGAAUAUGCAAGACACCGAGCUGCUCUGGGGGCAAAAUAUCAGGGUGUAGACUGGGCAUCGCUUCAAAAUCUUCCAGCGCCUCUUCAGAGCUGCAAAAGAAGAAUGGCAUCAUUGAAACGUUAUAUCCCUUUCAGAAAAGCUCUAAUGAAAUUAUGUAACAUGCUUGCAGAACGUUAUAGACAAUACCUUGAGAAGUUUCAGAGCAAGACGUUAAAUCCUGGGGAUCCGAGAAAGAUGGUUCGUGAUACUGCAUCUGAGAAAGAUAGUUUCUGUUCUUCAGCUCCUAUGUCUGAGAAUUGGGCUAACUUCGAUGAUAGUGUUAUCAAGGUAGCACUUGAUAAUGUUUUAAGAUACAAAAAAAUGGCGAAAUUGGACACCGUGCAAGAUACUUCUUCAGACCAUGAAGAUAUCGAGGACGAUGUCUUUGAGGGUUUUGAUGGGAAAGUUUCUGGUCAAAGAUCAAGCGCCCAGCAUCUUUCGAGAAAAUAUAUGAAGCUAUUAAGUAAAGGUGCAAGUGUUGGCAAAUGGAUGCAUGAAUCGGUCGCAAUUGCAAAUGCUGCAGAGCUAUUUAAGUUAAUCUUUCUAAGCAACUCGAUGGCUCCGGAGGUCUCAACUUUCUUGGCCGAAACUUUGCGUCGUUACUCUGAGCAUGAUCUGUUUGCUGCUUUUAACUACCUGAGAGAGAAGAAGAUUAUGAUUGGUGGCAGCAGUAAUAGUCCUUUUGCACUAUCACAGCCCUUCUUGCAAAGUAUUUCUUCUUCCAAAUUUCCCACAGAUACUGGAGAAAGAGCUGCUAAGUUUUCUAGCUGGCUUCAUGAAAAACAAAAGGAUUUGAUGGAAGAAGGCAUUGAUGUUCCAUUGGACAUGCAAUGUGGUGAAGUUUUCACUUUGUGUACUCUAGUAUAUUCAGGUGAAGUGUCGAUUACGUCAUGCUUACCCAGUGAAGGUGUUGGAGAGGCAGAAGAUUACAGAACUUCCAAACGUAAAUGGGAUGGUAGUGUAUCUGAUUGUGCUGAAAAUUCCAAAAAAUCAAAGACACCAUUUACUGGUGAGGGUGAGCUGAUUGCUCGCCGAGAAAAAGGCUUUCCUGGUAUAACGUUAUGCUUGCACCGUGAAAAACUUCCAAGAGGGCUUGCUAUUGAUUCAUUUAAAGACGAGGACAUGUACACAACACCACCUUUUGGUGGAAAUGAUCAAAACAAUACUUUAUCAGGUUUGGAUGAUCAAUAUGGUUCAUCUGAUUGUGUGGGAGAAAUUCUCGACUCUGGGAAAACUAUCAAUCCUGCAUCUGAUGUGAGUGAAUCACCAUGGGAAGCUAUGACCACCUACGCUGAAUAUCUGAUGUCUUCGUGUGCUUGUGAAGUAAAAAAUCCGUUUCAAUCCGGCUUAUUCAAAACUCUUUAUUCAGCCAUUCAGAAGUCUGGUGACAAUGGUUUGAGCAUGAACGAUAUUCGCAAAGUUCUGAACAUUGACGACGAGAAGAUGUUAGAAGUUAUAAUUGAGGUGCUUGGAGCAUUUGGACGAGCUUUAAAGGUCAAUGCUUAUGAUUCCAUCCACAUAGUUGAUUCUUUGUAUCGAUCCAAGUAUUUUUUGACCUCCGUAAGUGACCGUGCUGGUGAUCUUCGUAAAAGUCAACAUAUAAAGAUUGAGGAUGAGAAUGUGCCUCUUAAUAAUACUGAUAAUCAUGGAGAGACGAAUGCUGCCUCGGAGAAUGAGAUUAACAUGCAUUCUCAUGAAGUGCACAGAGUCACAAUUUUAAAUCUUCGUGAAGAUGUAGCCGAUCCUGUCCCUGAAAUAUUGGCCAAGUAUAAGAUCACAGGCUAUCAGAAAUCUGAAGCUGCUCCUCCCAAAACGAGUAGAAUUGAAAACUCGGAAUUCUACUCUGCUAGUCCGCUGAUAUGUCGGCCUUUGUUACCAUGGAUGAAUGGAGAUGGUGUAGUAAAUGAACUUGUGUACAAGGGGCUCGUUCGUCGUGUUCUUUCUAUUGUGAUGCAGAAUCCAGGAAUAUUAGAGGAUGGCAUCAUCAAGCAGAUGUCUGGUCUGAAUCCUCAGAGCUGCAGGCAAUUGUUAGAGAUAAUGAUUAUGGAUAACCACAUCAUUCCACGUAAAAUGCAUCAGAUGACAUCGGGUCAGCGUCCGUCCAUUCUGGGUAAUCUUCUUGGUAACAAGUUUAGAAAACCAAAGUCGAUACUUCGAGUUCAUUAUUUCGCAAAUUCAACGAGCACACACUUGUUGUAAUGGAAGCUUCGGCAAAAUCAGCACAAGUCGCGGUCGGAGGUUGAAGUUAAACCAAUGAAAAAUACACGUUGUAGAAUUAACAUUCGUGACUUGGCUAUUGUUCUUAGGUUAUUUAUGGAAGGAAUCGGUUAUUUAUUGGUCGUUGGUUAUUUUUGUUCCAUAUUUCAACAAUUACAAAAUUUUCAAAUAUUUUCGAAUCAAGUUUCGGAAAA